GAAAUUUUGACGUUUUACAUUUCAAACUUUAGAGGUUAUGAAUAAUGUUAUUUUGAUAAACAUGAUUUAAAUUCUGUAAAAAUGAAUUCUUCGAUUGCCCGUCUACUGUUUAAACCACAAUCACUCAUUAUCCAUUGCAAAACAUUCUCAUCUACAAUUAGUGAACAUGUAUCCAACUCAACUCCGUUUUUGGAAGGUUACAAUUAUGAUACCAAAUUAUUAAAAGUAGCUAUUAUAGGUAUGCCAAAUGCUGGGAAAAGCACAUUUAUUAACAGUUUAAUGGAUAGAAAGGUUUGUGCUACAUCUCAUAAAGUACAUACUACCAGGGCAAAAGCCAAAGCUAUUUUCUCUACCGAUGACACACAAAUAGUUUUUGUUGAUACCCCAGGACUUGUUAAUCAACGGGAACAAAAAAAAUUUAACUUAACAUCACAGUUUAUUAAAGAUGGUAGAAAUGUUGCUAACCAUGUUGAUAUUAUUGGAGUUAUACAUGAUGUUUCAAAUUUUUGGACUAGAGAUAGAUUGGACAUUAAAAUAGUUAAAAUAUUGGAAGGUAACAAAGAUAAACCAAGCUUUUUAGUAAUGAAUAAGGUAGAUGCUUUAAAAUCUAAAAGAAAAUUAUUAGAUGUUACUAGGAAUUUAACUGAAAAUGCAAUUAAUGGAAAACCAAUAGAAGUUAGGGGAUCUAAAACAGAAUUUAAAAAAGAUGAAUUGGACACCAGAGGCUGGCCCUAUUUCCGUGACAUUUUUAUGGUUUCUGCAUUGACAGGUGAUGGUAUAGACGACGUCAAAAAUUAUCUUUUAUCACAAGCGAAACCUGGAAAAUGGUUGUACCCUGGAAAUGUCUGGACUGACCAAAACGCCGAGUUGGUCAUUCUUAAUACCGUCAAAGCAGCAUUAUUAAAUCAAAUGCCCCAAGAGGUACCCUAUAAACUAGAACCUGUCAUAGAAUAUUUUAAUGUUGACGAAAAUGGUAAAAUUACAACUGUAGUAAUAGUGAAAUGCCCUACUCCGAGAAUAUACCGACUUUUACUUGGAACGUCAGACGGAAGAAUCAGAAAUAUUACAGAAAAUGUUCAGCGGGAUCUACAAGGUUGUUUUCAUAAUUAUGUGAAGAUUAAAAUUGUACCCAGUGCGCCUGGUGUAGUAGAAAAU